AUGAGCAGCGCGGUAGAUUCCCUGCUUGUACGCCUCAAGAUUCCGGACCUAAUCCCAAAGUUUAGGGAGAUGAACGUUGAUCGCAUCAUCAGCCUGCGCAAACUAAGUGAGGAGGAGCUUCGGACUGCCGUUCCCGAUGAUGACCAGCGAAACCGAAUAAUCGAAGCCAUUAAGAACCGUGGGAGUAGUGAGAAGAGGACACAGGCCCCGGCUGCAAGCAUAAAUCCACCUCGUUCUACGGAUGAUGGAGGUCGCGGUGGCAUGUCAUACCCUCGUGGAGCACCCCGCGGUGGUGGUCCAGUGCGAGGACGAGGUCGCGGCGGGACUGGCAGCGCAGGCGAGGGUGGAUUUCACGGUAGUGGCAGCAAUAACGCUAACAUGUUUCCUUCUCGCCAGCGAGUGUGCAACCACUUUCUUAAUGGUGACUGCAGGUACGGUGACUCCUGCCGUUAUAGCCACAACAAGGCACUGUGCCAGGAGGCGGCGGAAAGUGUGCCUCGACGCAACCACGAUGCGACAUCGUUGUCUGAGGAUUUCAGUGAAACGUGUAUUAUUCCUACACACCGCAUAAAGUAUCUACUUGCGAACAGGGCUGAUCGCCUUCGGAGUAUACACAGCAAGAAUCGCACACACAACAAGUCAUUUCAACACAUUGACCCCACCAUCGAAAAAUUCGAGCUCGUAAUUUACGGGGCCGACCAGCAAUCUGUUCAGGAGAGCAAGAAAAUGAUUCUUGCUUGUAUUGGUGUGACACGUGAGGAGGAGCAGAAGAAUCGUGUGCAGUACACAAUGAACGAGUUGAGCAGUAAUCAACGCGCGGCUAAAUUUUUGGCAGCAUGCAAUAUGAAGAACGAGGGGACUGUUCGUGAACUGUCGGAGGCAUCACUGAGGAAUAUCAUUUCGUUCUUCCGCUUUGAGAAGCAGCAGGAUAUACGUCACUUUUGGGUGAACACCAACAGCGAACACAGUAAGCUGGAUAUCAUCGCCAACAUAGUUGCCCAGCUACAGGGAGUACAAGCCAUCAUGUUCUGUGACCAGAAGCGUGUUGUGGAUAUGAGCAAAGUGGCAUCUAAAAUCACUCGCUAUUUCAACGGUGUCUCCCCCCUGUUUCUCCACCGUGCCAUCCCGAAGGAGGAGCGCAUGAAGAUGCUCCAAACUUUCAAAGACGGUAAACCUAAUGAAAAUGGUAUUCGAGAACGUCUGCUUGUUACUAAUGAAGACUAUGCCAAACUGGCUCGGAAAACAAUUGUUCCGUAUGUUAAUCUUGUCAUUAACUACUCAGUCCCACGCUCUGAAGAAUACUACCUACUUCAAUCUCUUGUGGCGGGGCGCAGUGACACGGUAGGAGUUUCCAUUGUGUGUGUUUUCCCGCACGAGCAGUCCCUAUUUCAAGAAUUGCAGCGGAACAUCCCGUUUGAAGAGCUUGAGGAGGAAGGGAAUUUCAAGGAUGCCGCGGUGAAGCUGGUGUACGACACUGUGGACGAACCAUUAACAGGUGAGGACGCCGACCCCCCAAGCAACUGGCAUGAGCAACUGAAGCCCAAGACCCUGUGA